AUGAAAGGGCUGGGGACCAGCCAUAGCAGACACCUGUCUGACUCCUGUGACCCUUCCUCUGGCCACUUAGAGGCCCUCUACCCUCAGAAGACCAGCACCAUGCCACGCAGUCCUUACCUGUUGAGCCCUAGAAUGGACCAGUAUGGCACAAUGGACCCCCAUCUUUACCCAUCAGCCAACCCAGGCUCUCUUCCACCAGAAUGUCUGCUGCCUCUCAACAACCAGCUGUCAAACAGCAGCACCUUCCCCAGGAUUCACUACAACUCCUACGAUCCAUCGGACUUCUCCCCGCCUGUGGAGGGCAUCGGUGGAAUAAGAACUGGGACAUUAGGCGCAUCUAUGUCGAUGGGCAUGGGAUCAGGUAUGGGCAUGGCUGAGCUUAGUGGACGAACAUCUAUGAUUACAAGCGGUUCGGCGACUAUAUCACAUCACAUGAGCAAGAGCCAAACGCCUCACAGUCUUCUGGAGUUUGAUAAGCAACUGCCAGGCGGUCGGGAUGGCUUCAGCACCUUACAGUUCCAUAGAACAUCUGCUGUAGCCGCGGGCAAACAGCGUACAGACAGUCCUGGUCGCAUUCGGUACAUGCUACACUCAGUGCAGAAACUCUUUGCAAAGUCCCAGUCACUGGAGAGCCACCACAUGAAAGGAAACAUCAACGGACGGUCCACAGGUAGCGGCGGUGGCUCUUCGGGCACUGACGACGGAGGGAAGCAUAACCGGAGAGCCAAAAGCAAAGAUCGCGGAACUAAAUCGGAAACAACUACCAAGCGACGACCGCGCUCCAACAUGUCGGGUUACUGGAGCUCCGACGAUUUGGACAGCAGUGACAUGAGCAGCUUCCACAACACCAUGGCAAUGAUGACUAUAGGACGUGCCACUGACCAUGAGAGCCAGAAUAGAUACAUUCAUAGUGGCUACAACACCAUUAGCUCAUCUAAAAGCAGCAAUGACAUGAAGUAUCAGACACUUGCUGGACCUCCAAGUGCUGGAGGAAAUGGACUUGGAGAACCUGGGAAUAUGCUGAUGAAUGAUCAUGAUUACAUGAAAGGAGGGUCCUGGUCUGCGAUGACUAUGGGCCAGCCAAGGCAAGUGAUCCAGAAGGGCUCAGCCACUCUUGAUAGGUCCUUGCUUAAGUCCAAGUCAUGCCAACAGGAACUUACCUGCAACUACCUGCAGGUUGGGCGAAGGGGGGAUUGGAGCAGCUCAUUAGGUCGCAGCGGGGGUGCCAAUGAAAUUCCAUGUCGGCGGAUGCGCAGUGGAAGCUACGUGAAGGCCAUGGCAGACAUGGAGGACAGCGAAGACUCGGAGGGGAGCCCCAAACCCUCGCCAAAGACCGCCGCUCGCCGCCAGAGCUACCUCAGGGCCACACAGCAUUCUCUGAGCGACCAACUACCCCCACGCAACAGAACUCUGGAAUAUUCCGUAUUUCAAGGGGAGCUGGAUGCCCUGUGGUCACCCUUCCACAGUGUUUCCUACCACAACCAACUGGGCAGGUCAAUGAGCAGCUGUCUUCCAUCGCUCAGAGAGCUCGCCAAUAACCGCAGCCUGGACAACCUUGACUGCAUCGGGGGUACAGGCUCACCUGUGCCACAUUGGGAUGAUGAUGACUUCAGACACGCCUGCAGCACUUUGGGAAGACGUAGCUGCAUGGGACAGCUUCGGGACCUGAGUCAUCAUUAUGAGGACCGUAGCUCCGAUUCCACAUUCCGAGAUUCCCGCUCCCAUUCUCAGGACAACCCAGAGCCUCCGGACAUGCCCAUGCCCACUUGCUUCCGCUCCCGCAGUCACAGUUACCUGAGAGCCAUCCAGGCUGGCUGCUCUCAAGAUGACGACGUGACCUCCAUAGACUCAGGCUCGCUCCCGCCAUCUGACAGCACUGUUCGCACCUACGGUAGCAGCACUGACGGCCUUUCUACAAAUUGGAAGACAUGGAAAGAACAGUUUGGCUCUUACCUGAUAGCCACUGGCUUGGACAAAGCUCCAAAGGAGAAACAACUUGCUAUUUUUCUGCACCGUUUGGGGACAGACAGACCACGCAUCAUACCCACACACAAAGUCUCAUGCAUCACCACUUCUAAGAAGGCUGCUCCACCACCCGUGCCACCACGCACCACCUCCAAACCCUACAUCUCCGUGACUGUACAGAGCAGCACAGAGUCUGCCCAGGACAACUACCUGGAGCAAAGGUCCGAGGUCAACAGCCAGUCCAGCCACGCGCAAAGCAACUCUUCCGACAGCCUUGACAGCACCCGCGCCAACAGCCUGGCCCGGGGAUUACCUCGUCCUCCGCACAUCAUCCCCACUCCCAUCGCCAUCCCCAGAGAGCCGCUCGUCCCCACCACCGCCAACGCGUCCACGGAAACAAGCGACUCAAGCGUAGUGCUGCAUGAUUCCAUGAAGUCAGGAUUGAGUAACUCUGCUGACGAGGCGCUUGUGAUCCCAGUGCCCAGACGGAAACUCUCUUCAAUUGGCAUCCAGGUUGACUGUAUACAAGAAGUUCCACGAGAGGAGAGCCCACCACUGGCCAAAUUUCAAUCCAUCGGAGUACAGGUGGAGGACGGGUGGCAGCCCGGUCAUCCUUCUAGCAUGGCCUCCAAACAAGACACAGACUCAGAUAAACAGGAAGUCCCUGUUAUUUCCCACAUUAUUCAGGCCAAACCCACUGAAAAGAAAGUUAUGGUCAGUAGUGGCAGCCAGUCAUUGAGCUCCCCUCCUGAACAGGACUCCUUAGACAACGGGGACACUACCGGUGACACUUCCUCCCCUCCACCUCCCAGGCAGUUCCUCAACCGCUCCACCACACGAAGUAGCUCUUCCUCUUUCUCAGAAAGCCUUGACCCGGCACUGGACCCCUCAUCAUUACCCCCUCCAGAUCCCUGGCUCGAGAGCGGGAAUGGGAGUAGCAGCGUUGCCCCGCAGAGCGUUAGCGGAGGAGGCACACUGUGUCGGAGAGAUGGCCACUGGUUCCUGAAGUUGCUGCAGGCUGAAACUGGACGCAUGGAAGGCUGGUGCCAGCAGAUGGAUCAGGAGACCAAAGAAAAUGAACUCUCAGAGGAAGUGUUGGGUAAGGUCCGCAGUGCAGUGGGAAGUGCCCAGCUCUUAAUGUCCCAGAAGUUCCAGCAGUUCCGGGGAUUGUGUGAACAAAAUCUGAAUGUGAACGCCAAUCCACGGCCCACACCGCAGGACCUGGCUGGUUUCUGGGACCUGCUGCAGCUCUCCAUUGAGGACAUCAGCCUCAAGUUUGAUGAGCUCUACCAUCUCAAGUCCAAUGACUGGCAGCCUGCGCCGUCUGCGGCUGCCCAGUCGCCCCCUGAGCGGAAGGACGAGGAGAAGGAAACGAUUCCAGCGUCAAAGAAGGCUGCUAAAGGACGACCGAUGCUGGGCCGCGAGAAGAGCGCAGACUCGUCUUCUUCAGCUUCAGCAGAGAAGCAAAGGCAAGAGGCCCGCAGGCGUCUGCUGGCGGCAAAGAAGGCCGCUUCUUUCCGCCAGAACUCUGCCACUGAGAGCGCAGACAGCAUUGAAAUCUACGUCCCAGAAGCUCAGACGCGCCUUUGA